AUGUUGAUGUCACGUUUCACGUACCAAAUCAUAAACAAAGAUCAAAUCAAAGGGUCUUUCGAGGAACUUUUGACCUUCUGUGAGGAGAGGGAAUCUGAAUCUCUCAACAAGGAAAUUUGUUUUCUGCUGUUCAGAAUGCCUUUAGAGGAUCAGAUUGCUUCAAAAAGGAGAGAAUUAGAAGCGCUCAAGAAAAUAAAUACCCUGACAAAUUCUAUGAGGCUUCAGCUAGAUGGUUUGGCGGUCGAAGUAAAAAAAAUGCACGAGAAUGCCGAGAACACGGCAAACGUAAUGAAAAACUGGGACUCAAUAGUGAGGUCUAUAUCACAGGCAAGCCUGAGCUUAUUGCAGUAUUCUGAAGGAGAUUAUGAAGUUGGAAUUUGGGACCAGGAUCAAAAAAGGAGUGACGAACGCGAAGAAAGCGAGAGUGAACCCCCCCUUCCGGAAACGUUGGUGAGAGUUAAAGUUGACAAUGAUGGAGGUCCUUCUUCGUGA